CAAGGCAUCACCACACAGAGAGAAAAAAAAAGAGCACAACGCAUCAGCCCAGACGCCGACGCCACCCAACCCAAGCUCUCCAACUCGAAGCGCCCACCCUCUCCGCCGGCGGCGACCGGCCGAUGGGGUCCAACGAGGCGGACAAGCCGCUGCGCCGGAUCGGCGCGUCGUUCGAGCAGCUCGCGGCCGUCGCCAAACAGCAGCAACAGCCCGCGAUGGCGGCGGGGGACUUCUCGCGCGCCUGCUCCAACGUCUCCGUCCUCUUCGGCUGCCUCGGCAUCGCCUUCAAGUUCGCCGAGAUGGACUACGUCGCCAAGGUUAAUGAUUUACUGGAGGCAUCCAAGACGAUUUCAACAUUGCCCUCCAUGGUUGAGCUUGACAUUCAAAAGGGCACUGUCAGGCAGGCGGGGAGCCAUACGAGGAAUCUACUGAGGGUUAAGCGUGGGAUUGAUAUGGUGAAAGUUCUGUUUGAGCAGAUAUUGGUCACAGAAGGCAACUCCCUGAAGGACGCAGCGUCAAAGGCUUAUGCUCAGGUGUUUGCUCCUCACCAUGGCUGGGCCAUAAGGAAGGCCGUUGGUGCUGGAAUGUAUGCCCUCCCUUCUAAGUCGCAGCUCUUGAAGAAACUGAAUGAAGAUGAAAAUUCGGCAAGGGCUCAAAUGCAGAGUUUCGUCAGGUCGUCUGGACCAGUAAUUCUCUACGUCGAAGACCUCUUCACCUCCAAGAAUUUAGGGCUGGACUGGUGAGCAAAGCCUAUACAGAGAGACUUCCAAUGUACUAAUGCGACUAGAUGGUGUGCUGUGACCUCAAACAACUGUAGCUGGUUUUGGUGUUUUGAGUUCGAGAGUUCAGAGUUGUAACCUAAAUUCAAUAAGCUGUGCUACCGUGGAGGUUCUUGACGGGUGGAUAUGGGCGGGAGCCGUUGUUACAAACCUGAAAUUCCAGCUUAUCUCUGAGCUGUUAAACUGGAAUGCUACCCUGCAAUGUAUGAUGUAACAACAUGAAAUUCCAUUUUAUCUCUAAGCUGUUAAA